GUUGCCGUCACGCUCCGGACGACCCCAUCGUAGAUUUUACCGUUUCGUAGACGACCAUCGCGUCCCAAUCCGUGGUCCUUGCCAAGAAACACCCUCGUGCUUCCCUGUUAUGUGAGGCUGAUCUCGUUUCUGAGCCGUUGGCGAAUUUCCCAUUCGUUCACGCAUUAGUUUUCCGCGGCUGGGAUUCUCCGGCAACAACAACGAUGGGCACCCCCCCGACUGUAGAUCGCAUCGCAGGGACGUCUGACGAACUGCGCAGCGGGACGAGAUAGUCGUCAUAGAGCCCAGGGCACAUGCAGCAAAGUGGCCGCGUCCACCGCGCGCACGAUGAGCGGGAUGACCUCGCGUGGGCUUCGUCUCCUGUUCGGAAGUUCCGAAUAUUACGCGUCGAAGGUCGAAGCCUGUCUGUCGGGCAUCGACAAGGUCAUGCGCUGACGAACGGUAUUCUUUCGUGCGCUCAUUUCACUAUCUUGCAAUUCAACUUGACCGGUUUGCUUGCCG